AUGGCGCGGACAGAGCCCUCCCUGGAGGCGCCAGGCGUCUCCUCGCCUCCCUCGCUUCUUCUCUCGCGCCUCCUGCGGCGGCUGUUGCUUCCGCUCUUCGCCUCGCCUGUGGCGCUUGCGGCUUCUGCGCCCGCUGCCGCGGCGCCCGCGCCUUCGCCGGCGGGUCACAACGAGGCGCAGGUCUCCGCUUCGUCCUCUGCUUCCUCCGCGGCCUCCUCUGGAUUCCUUACAGAGCCGCGGCGGCGCAGGAUCCUCGCUGAGCUCGCUCGGCGGUACGCCGCGCCUCCGCUUCUCGACCUCGCGGGCGGCGGUCAGUCGGGCGCUGACAGAGACCUCUCUUGCGCGCUCAGGCUGACCUGCGAGACGCGCGUUCUGGAGGCGGCUGAAAAGCGCGAGGAGGCGCCUGCAGAAGGCGAGGAGGGCGGCAAAGAAGAGGCGCGGCGACUGCGCGCGACGCUCUCCGCGCCGCUCUCAGUCCGCGCGCUGCUCGCGGUCUUCGACGCGCAUCUGGGCGAGAUUCAGGGGGAGAUCGAGGCGCGCACAAAGACCCGACAGGGCCUCUCUCUCCGCCCCGCGGCGCAUGCAGAGAUCCCCGAGAGCCAGAACGAGCCCGAUGCGUUGCCGCCGGUGCCUGUGGACGCCUCCAUGGAGACGCAGGCGUCUCCUCUGGGGUCGGCGCGCCUCAAGCGCGAAGAAGGCGACGCGCUCCCAAAGCAAGAGGCGCCAGAGUUGCGCCAGACGCGAGAAGAAGACGAGUUGCUUCAGGAUGAAGCGGCGCUGCUGUUCCUCCGGAGGCGGUGCCUGCAGUGGAUAGGUCUCUGGCGCGUGGCUGCGCACACCUUCUCUCCCUCCGGCCGAAGAGGCCUCAGGCAGCUGCUCCUGCGCGAGAGCAGAAGAUCCGCCGCCAAGAGGCCUCGCAGGCGAGGCGCCUCGCCCUCCGCUGACGGCGAGGGACUCUGGACUGGCGCCCACCGCGCUGCCGCCGCGCUGCGCGCGGAGAGCGGAGACGCAGACGGCGAGGAGAAGGAGGAAGGAGAAGAGGCGGAGAACUGCGCGGCGAAGGCGAGUGUGGGGUCGCGGAGCGGUCGCGAAGGCGCAGGCACUAAAGAGAAACGCGGAAAGGCGAAGACGUUUUUCGUGAUGCCGAUUGGGGGACAGAGCGCCAGACAAGUCGUGAAGGUGCAGCAAGUGGGCCAAGGCGCCUACGGCGACGUGUGGCUCGCGGAGGACAUCAAGAAUCGCCGGCGCGUGGCGAUGAAGAAGAUGAAGCUGAUGGCGCCUCCGCCGCUUCCGAAUGCGAACCAGAAUCCGCCGCCGCCUCCGCAGAGUCUCGCGAACCUGAGGCGGCCUUCCUCCUCUGCGGCGCCGAAGGCAGACGAGAAGGUGCGCGCGGAGAAGACGCGUGAGGAGAAGACCGCGGGCGAUAAGGGCCUGGGGGGCGUUGCAGCGGUCGCGGCAGCGUGCCAGCAGAUGAACAACGCGGGCGAAGAACGCGAAGGCUUUCCACGCACAGCGAUUCGCGAAAUCUCCCUUCUCAACGAGCUCUCAGAUAGCAAACACAUCGUCGAGCUCCUGGCGGUCGUUCACUCCAAACCACGGCUGAACGACCGACACCACCGCGGCGCAGUCUGGAUGGUCUUCGAGUACCUCCCAUUCGACUUGCUGGGAUUUCUAGACGCCAUUCGAGACACCAAGGAACGCAGAGAAAAGUACACGCGGCCGCAAACUUGGCUGUCGAUAGGAGAAAUUAAAGGCAUCCUUCUGCAGCUGUUCACGGCGCUGCAUCACUGUCACCGGAGGAACGUCGUUCACCGCGAUUUGAAGAGCGCGAAUUUGCUGAUGGACGCAGAAGGAACAGUCAAGCUCGCGGACUUUGGUCUCGCGCGCAAAUUCACGAAAUUCCCUGUGCUCACGAAUCGCGUGAUUACCCUCUGGUACCGCCCGCCAGAGCUCCUCCUCGGCGCGGAGUCCUACGACGGCAGCAUCGACAUGUGGAGCGCCGGCUGCAUCAUGGCGGAGCUCGUCUGUGGCAUGCCUCUCUUCGCCGCAGACCGCGAAGCCGCGCUACUCAGGCAAAUCGUCGAGAAAGUCGGGCCGCCGUCGGAGGCAGAUUUGGCGAGUCUGAAGGCGCUGUGCCCCCAGCACUUCCGCCAGCAAGCCGGCCGAGAAGAACGCGAUCCUCUGUUCGAUGGAACUGGCAGCGAUCGCUCGCUGGACAUCCAGCGACUCUUCAAGUACCGAAAUCAAGUCGGCGAUGAAGGUUGGGAUCUUCUGCGCCAGCUGCUUGCGUGGGACCCGACGAAAAGAAUUACGGCGCGAGCUGCGCUUCAGCACCGUUGGUUCGCCACGCACCCGCUUCCAAAGAGAGUCGAGAAACGCGCGAAUCUGAACGCGGCGCACAGCUACGUUUCGAAGUACGCGCAGCGCCGCGGCGGUCGUGAUCCCCGCCAGCAGAGCGCGGCGAAGAAGGGAGGAAAAGAAGGCUCUUCGUCCGCGGGCGAUGAAGUCCGGUGCGAACGCGUUUCGGUCGGCGAGGCGCGGCUGGCAGCCUGGGGGAGGAGUGUCGAGUGGAGAGCUGCGAGACUCGAAACUCUGCGCCGCCUGUACCGCGAACGUCAGCAGGAGGACGGGCUCGCGUCGCCUCAAUUGGGGCCGAGCGCGGCGGCUGCGCCUGCGGCGGAGGGCAGAGGCGCGGCGUCGUUGAGUGCGGCGGCGGAGCCUGUGCUGUCGGCGUUGCUCCAUCCGCGCGCGGCUUCGGCGCUGUCUGCUUCGCUUCACUCUAGCGACUCGCUCGCCUCUUCGCGCUCGUCGCUGCCGCUCGUGAGCUCUGCGACGCCUCCCUGCGCGAGUCUGCCGACGGCUGCGGAGGCCUUUCCGCGGAGAGACGGAGUCCUGCGCCCGUCCGGCAGCAGAGAGGCUACCGGCGCGAGCGAGCGAGACGCGGAGCUCCUCCUACCACGCAGGACAGAAGGCCCGCGCGAGAAAGACAAAUGCGACAGGGCGGCGCGCGGCGCGCGGUCGCCGCUGUCGCUCUCGCGCUUCUCGCCUGCGAGGUGGAAAGACCGCAGAGACGCCGGAGAGCCCAAAAAGGAGAAGCGACCGUAUUCUCGAGAAGGCGAGAGCGAGGCGCGGCGGGACGACGACGGCGGGAGAGAGAGCGACCGCCGCGGCGCCAGCAGCUUGCGCAGUCGUCCGUCGCCGUCGCGUUUCGCGUCGCCUGCGCGCGAAGCGGAGUUCCAGUUGAGCGCGUGGCGCGGCGGUGAAGAGCGGCGACGCAGCCCGCGCCCGCGGCGAGGAGGAGACAGUUUCGCGGAGGAAGCCUUGUCCGCGCACGACGAGCACCGCGGCAGGCACGCAUACAGUCAGGAAGGCGCGAGGCGCAGAGACGAUUCCCCAGGGAUCUUUGCUCACAGCUGCGCGCUGCCCGCGCCCCAUGGCAAGGAGAGCGGCGCGCGCAUGCGCUUUCGAGAGCCGAGUCCCGCAGAGGAGGCGGCCGCCGCCGCGCGCCUCUCGCCCUCGGGGUCGGUCAGCGACAUGACCAACAGCAGCGACGACGAGCGGACGCGGGCCGCACGGAGGCCUGCCGCCGCCGGCGCAGGCCAGGCGGUAGGGCUUCAGCGGGACUGCGACGGCUCGAGAGGCGGCCGCAGGCGCCACAGCGGCGAGGCGAGUGCAGGGGCGGCAGCUUCUCCGUCUGCGUCGCCGCCGGAGCGCACGCAAAGGAGCGCCUUCGGCCUGCGCGGCUACCGCGAGAACGAGGAAAAGAGAAGGAGCUGGGGGGGGAAGCGGGGUCGCGAGGCCUCCGCGCAGACCUCUCCGGCGCACCCCCGCCCCCCCCCGGCCGACGCCAAGCGACCCCGGCAGGAUGAGAGGGAGAGAGGAGAUUCUGAGGCGAGAGGGAGAGACAGUGACGUGGGCAGGAACGCCGAGCUCGCCGCAGGCGGCCUGUCUCCUGGCUCGUUCUCCUCUUUCCUCUCGUCGCCGGCGGUGGAGCUCCCGAGAGGAGCCGACGAAGACGGGCGCGGGCGCGGGGGGUGCGAGGCCGGUGAAGGCAGAUCGCGUGGCGACAGUCUCUCGGUUGCGAAGAAACAAGAAGAGCGCAGACGAAAGGCCUUCGAUCUCUUCAAAAGGACCGCGUUCCAAGGCGCCGGCGGGGUGGAGCCGACGCGAAAUGCCUCUGGCGAGUCUGAAACUCAGUGCGCGGACGAGCGCGGCGGUGCAAGCGAAGUCCCCACAAAGGGGACUGGAAGCGCCUCUUCUCGCCCUGCGCCGGGGCCAGAAGUCACCGGAGAGCCGGAGGAGGAGGCCGUGCGAACUGGCUACGCGAAUGAGGCAGAGGAGGGCCUCGCGGCGAGGAGACACGCGGCUGACCGCGGUGCGCCCGGCGGGGGGUCCGCAGGUGGGGCGGCGAGGAGCUGUCGCCACGAGGCGCGAGGCGGAGAGACUUCUCUGCCGGCGGGGGGCGAGCGGGCGUCUUCGGUCACGACCGAAGAGCAGAGGCGUUUCUUCCUGCCCUCGGUACAAAGCAGCCUCUCGAGCCCCGGCGCGCCGGGGGAGGGAGCUGGCGGGUACCGGCCAGCGGACGAGGACGACGCGCGAGACAGAAAGAGAAGAAGGGAGAAAGGCGACGCGCGCGCGGCAGAGGGGCAUCGCCGCGCCUGCCGCGGGAAGGAUCCCGAGCGCGACUCCGCCGCCCGCGACGCCGCGCGCCAGAGGAGACGAGAGAGAGAGCGGGAGGCUGAGCGCAGCGACGCAGGGAGGCGAGAGGACGGCGGACGUGCGGGCUGUCAGGAGGCGGGCGGGGCGGGCGCGAGUUCGCGGCACCGCGCCGACCGGGACGGGUUUCCAGAGGAUCGGCGGUGGUCAGAAAAGGACGGCGAUUUCCGCACCCGUUCUUCUUCGAGGUCCGUGUCUCCUUUCUCUCUCCUGCACCACGACGGCGCUCGCCGCGGCGGGAGCGACCUCGAGCGAAAACACAGCCGUCCGCCGUCCUGGGGCAUGCCGGCGGGCGCCAAAGAGGACGCGCGCCUCUUGCCUGCGUACCUCUCGCCUGCUCUUUAUCCGCCGGCGUUCGCCGACGCGCGGGCUUGCGAGGACGAGGAGAGGCGGCGCGAGGGCGAGCGCGAGGCGGGCAGCCGCGAAGGCUUGAGCGGCGGCGGGGGCUACGCCUCCAGGUACCGCGGGCGCGGCGACGAUGGCGCGUUCGCGUCGUCCUUCUCCUCGCAUCUCGCGAGAGACCGCCACGCGCGCCGCGACCGCGAGGAGGCGGAGAACGACCGCGACGCACGCGCGAGAAGGAAAAAGAGCGAGGCGGCGGCGGGGUACUACGGGAGCUACGCAUCCCACGCCUCCGACAGCGGAGCCUCCAGAGGGCGAGAAGAGAAACGCGAGGCGCGGCGCGGCCGCGAACGGGGGGACGGACCCCGCGAGGACGAGGAGGAGCGGAGAGGCGAUCGAGAGAGAGACAACGAGCAGCAGCACGGGGGGAGUGGGAAGGCCGGGGGUGGUGAGGACGACCCGAGGGGCAGGCGCCGGGUCCUGGCGGAGAGCUUUGAGCGAAAGCCCGACGCGCGCGCGAGCCUCAAACUGCGGUCGAGUGACGCGACUUUCGCCUCCAGUGCCGAGCCCUCCGGCAGAGACUUACACGCGGCGGGCGCUUCGCGGCCUGCGCCGGCCUCAGGCGCCGCAACUGAGUGCGCUUGCGGACUGCGGCAGACUGCUGGGGAGGAGGAGCAUCGCAGCGGGCGCGCGGGAACGCUGCAGGCGACGGGCGGCGAGCCCCCGCGGGCCUCCACGCGCGGUCGGACCGCAGAGGCCAGCCGGGCGGGGGAGACAAAGGACGAAAGAAGAAAGUUUUCGCGCGCGAGCGGCGCCGUAGGGAAGGGCAAGGCGACGGCGAGUAUGAGAGAGAGCGACGAAGAACAAAAGACGGUCGCAGAGACGACGCGCGCAGACCCGGCGCCAGGCGUGGCGAUGGCAAGUCAGGUGUGUCUCCCCGCGGGGGCGCGAGUGUGGGGAGAGCGGAGAGGGAGAGAGGAAGUGAAAAGAAGCGAGAGGAGUGGAGCUCGGCGACGGCGCAGAGGGCGAGAGGCACGCGGAGACGAGCAGCUUGAAGGAGUCUGCUGCGGUGGGCGCGCAAGCAGGGAGAGCCUGUGA